AUGCUGGAGUGGGUGCUGUCUUAUGGCCGACGUGGAGGUUUACCUUUCAAGGACGAGUCAGUGGAGCUGACUAAACUGUCCUUGCUGAGAGUGAAGCCAUGCCUCGACCCAAGGAAUGCCACAGAGACUACGAGAAGGAAGAUCCAGCUCAUCCAGAAGCGACAAUACGUGGGAGUCCAGGUCUACACUUGCCUCGUCGUGGUGCAGCAGUUCAUCCAGUACUGCGGAAUGCACUCCCAUACCAGCAGCGUCGCAGGAGGCCUAGGAAAGUACGUCCACUACGUCUCUGCCGAGACGUGUCUCAAGGCUCAUCAGUUCCGGCACUUGGAUCUUCGAGGAAUAGGCGGCGGCAUCAUCAGCAAGAUCAGGCUCAACGGGACCACGGAAGUAUCAACAACCCUCCAAGGACACCUCGACAUAAGCGGAAAAUGCGAAGGUAUCAAAUUCACCGUCGGAGAUAUCUCGUACGAAAACGUCGUCGUGUCGGCCGCGAUAACAAUCAAGAUGUCCGAUUAUUUCACUACCGCGGAUGUCGAACGUAAUGUUGUGAAUCUUCGUUCGGGAACCAUAUGUCCUUAUAAUGAUGGAUCCUGUUUUGAUGACUUCUCCGGAGAGGCGAUAUGGAAAGCAAAAAUCGCUGAUCAGUGCACAAACAGUGGAGUCGAUGUGCUUUAUGAAGGAAAUGCAACAUUGCUCACACUUAGCAAGGAUCCACCAACAUUUUACGUAAUCGUGGAUACCGAAGAUACCGUUUUCGCUCUGAAAUUAAUCAAAAUCGAGGGUAAAUGGGUAGAAUUGACACCUGCAUUGAGGAAAGCCGAUCCAGCUAUCGAACUGGAUGCUAACACCGAGGACGAAAUCGUGAAGUUGGCCAGGAUAUCACCUAUCACGUCGGAUGGUAUCUAUACCCGGGAAGAUAUGGAAAAGUUUCAACGCACGCUCAUGUUCCCGAACGAAAGAAAAGCCGUCACGAACGAAGUCGCGCGUCGCGUAACAGGAAGAGGAAAUAAUUUAGCAGCGUACAUGAGAAUCAAUUUCAGUUGCUCACAAGAAAAGGCGUUCUUUCCUAUGACUAUAUUGAUAGUGAAGAAGAAUUGA